UGAGCUAAGUGUCCUCCAAUGGAGAGAUCAUUACUGACACAAGCAGCAGUGUCAUCAUCACUCUCUAGCAAAACUCAAGCUUCUUCCUUCUUCUACUUCAAUGGACGCUCUCUUCCAUCGCUGAAUCCGAUCGGUCCGUCUCCUUCGAUUAGAUCCUUCCCUCUCGUCAGAAGUAACCGGAAGAAAUCUUUAGUUAGAAUGACUGUUAGUGGAGAUAGCUCGGAAUCUGUAGAGAUUGGUUCGAGUGAUAUGAUCUUCCAGCCGAUUUUGGAGCACGGUGUUUUCCGGUUUGACUGUUCUGUUGAGCAUAAGAAAGCUGCAUUUCCUAGUGUUUCGUUUAAGAACAGUAAAGACCGGGAAAAGCCGAUUGCAUCUCGAAAUGUUCCAGCGUAUAUUCCUACUUGUGCUUGUCUUCAGGACCAACAAGUUGUCACUUUUGAGUUUUCCCCUGGUACCUCGUUUUAUGGGACGGGAGAAGUUAGUGGUCAGUUGGAGAGAACAGGGAAACGGGUGUUUACUUGGAACACUGAUGCAUGGGGAUAUGGCUCUGGAACAACUUCGUUAUACCAGUCACAUCCAUGGGUACUAGUUGUCCUUCCAAACGGAGAAACACUUGGGGUUCUUGCUGAUACAACACGAAAGUGUGAGAUUGAUCUAAGGAAAGAGGCAAGUAUAAGAAUUAUAGCACCAACAUUAUAUCCUAUAAUCACAUUUGGUCCAUUCUCCUCACCCACUGCUGUUUUGGAGUCCCUCUCACACGCCAUUGGAACUGUUUUUAUGCCUCCAAAGUGGGCUUUAGGCUACCACCAAUGCCGUUGGAGUUAUAUGUCUGACAAGCGAGUGGCCGAGAUUGCUCAAACAUUUCGUGACAAGAAAAUUCCUUCUGACGUGAUAUGGAUGGAUAUUGACUACAUGGAUGGUUUUCGUUGUUUCACAUUCGACAAGGAGCGUUUCCCAGAUCCAUGUGCUUUGGCGAAAGAUCUCCAUAAUAAUGGUUUUAAAGCAAUCUGGAUGCUAGACCCUGGAAUAAAGCAGGAGGAAGGUUAUGAUGUGUAUGAUAGUGGGGAAAAAAAUGAUCUUUGGGUUAGCCGGGCAGAUGGGAAGCCAUUUAUUGGUGAAGUAUGGCCUGGGCCUUGCGCUUUUCCUGACUAUACAAAUUCCAAAACUCGCACUUGGUGGGCGAAUUUGGUUAAGGAGUUUGUUUCAAAUGGUGUUGAUGGUAUAUGGAAUGAUAUGAAUGAGCCUGCAGUUUUCAAAGUCGUGACAAAGACGAUGCCUGAGAACAAUAUUCACCGUGGGGAUGAUGAGCUUGGAGGUGUUCAAAACCACUCACAUUACCACAAUGUAUACGGGAUGCUAAUGGCAAGAUCAACUUAUGAAGGGAUGGAGCUCGCUGAUGAGAAUAAGCGACCCUUUGUAUUGACAAGGGCUGGUUUCAUAGGUAGCCAGAGAUAUGCUGCAACUUGGACAGGAGAUAAUCUUUCAAACUGGGAGCAUUUACAUAUGUCUAUAUCCAUGGUACUUCAGCUGGGGCUUAGUGGUCAGCCCUUAUCAGGGCCAGAUAUCGGUGGCUUUGCUGGCAAUGCAACUCCGCGACUAUUUGGACGUUGGAUGGGUGUUGGAGCUAUGUUUCCAUUCUGUCGUGGCCAUUCUGAGGCUGGCACUGAUGACCAUGAACCGUGGUCCUUUGGAGAAGAGUGUGAGGAAGUCUGUCGAGCCGCAUUGAAGAGGCGUUACCAACUCCUACCACAUUUUUACACCCUAUUUUACAUAGCCCAUACAACUGGUGCUCCAGUUGCAGCUCCAAUAUUUUUCGCUGAUCCUAAAGAUUCCCGGCUAAGGACUGUUGAAAACGCCUUUCUUUUGGGUCCGCUUCUCAUAUAUGCAAGCACGUUGUCUAAUCAGGGAUCACAUGAGCUGCAGCACAUAUUACCCAGAGGAACUUGGCCCAGGUUUGAUUUUGAAGAUUCACAUCCGGAUUUACCAACAUUAUAUUUACAAGGUGGAUCCAUCAUACCAUUGGCUCCUCCACAUAUGCAUGUUGGGGAGUUUAGUAUGUCAGAUGACUUGACCCUACUUGUGUCAUUAGAUGAAAAUGGGAAAGCUAAAGGACUCUUGUUUGAGGAUGACGGAGAUGGAUAUGGCUACACUAAAGGCAGAUUUCUAGUCACACACUACAAUGCUGAGCGGCAUUCUUCCAUUGUCACUGUCAAGGUUUCAAAAGCUGAAGGAGAGUGGGAGAGGCCAAAACGCCGUGUUCAUGUCCAAUUAUUACUAGGAGGCGGUGCAAUGCUUGAUGCUUGGGGAACGGACGGAGAGAUUAUCCACAUUAAGGUGCCUUCAGAAAGUGAAGUUUCAGAGUUAAUAUCGACAAGCAAUGAGCGCUUUAAAAUUCAUAUGGAAAAUACAAAAUUGAUACCUGAGAAGGAAGUGCUCCACGGACAAAAGGGAAUGGAACUUUCAAGGGAGCCAGUUGAGCUAAGCAGUGGCGAUUGGAAACUUAAUAUAGUUCCAUGGAUUGGUGGAAGGAUAUUGUCUAUGACACAUGUUCCAUCAGGAGUUCAAUGGCUUCAAAGCAGGAUAGAUAUCAAUGGUUAUGAAGAGUAUAGUGGAACUGAGUACCGGUCAGCUGGAUGUACUGAAGAAUAUAGUGUCAUUGAGAGGGAUUUGGAACAUGCAGGAGAAGAAGAAUCUCUAAUCCUAGAAGGUGAUAUAGGCGGUGGACUGAUUCUUCGGCGUAACAUAAGUAUACCUAAAGACAAUCCCCGAGUUUUUAGGAUUGCCUCCAGCAUUGAGGCCCGUAGUGUUGGUGCUGGUUCUGGUGGAUUUUCAAGGCUGGUAUGCUUAAGAGUCCAUCCAACUUUCUAUCUUAUGCAUCCAACUGAAUCGUUUGUCUCAUUCACGUCGAUUGAUGGUUCAAAGCAUGAAGUUUGGCCAGAUUCUGGAGAACAGUUAUAUUUAGGGAACAACCUUCCACAUGGUGAAUGGAUGCUGGUGGACAAGAGCCUCAAUCUACAGCUGGUAAACAGGUUCGAUGUUAGUCAGGUCUUUAAAUGUAUUAUCCACUGGGACUGUGGAACCGUUAACUUGGAGCUCUGGUCCGAAGACCGACCUGUUUCCAAGGCAUCACCUCUGAAUAUAGAGCAUGAAUAUGAAGUCACAAGUUUCUCAUAAAUGUAUUUGAAAAGUUCUGCGUAGACUACUUGGGCUGUCCAUUAUAAGUGCAUAAAUAAGUGAAUGAACAGUUGUGGUUAAGCUUUACACUGUAAUCUCAGUUAUGCGAACACUGUUUAUAUCAGAUAUUUCGCUACCUAAAUAAGCAUAUAUGCUUGGUUUUGACUAGGGGCUGCCUAGUGUUCAACAUCUUUCGUUUUUGAGAAAUACACAGUUUACUCAUA